AUGUCCGAGGCAGUGGGCUCCUGCAAAGAGCAAUCUACCGCUGACAUGCAACUAACCGUCAACGGUGAGGGCACUGAAGAACAUGCUGCUAUUCUCCAGGACAUUGAAAAAGAAGACAACGCAAUGCAUCCUAUUCAGCCCUUGAAGACAACCACAUUGUCUGGCUGUUCAAGUGAGCCGAAUCUCAUGUCCAUCCAUCAUGCGGGCCAAGCCCAACCCGACUUGCUACAGGACAGUAACACGUCGCCGGCAACCAAAGCUCACGACAGCUCAGGCACACGGCAAUCUUCGCCGGGGGACGACAAAGAAUACUAUACGAGCUCCCGUAUCCCUCGGAUAGCCGGUCUCAAGACAGGUGCCAAUACCUCUGCUACCAAAGGCAACCGAGUCGGCAGCUCAAUCCCCAUUCCCAUUCACAGGCGCAGCGCCGAGCACCUGCGUGCGGCUUUACAGGGAAGGCAAAGUGAGCCUUCUCUCACCAGCGCUCGGCUGGUCGAGAAGCCUCGUGGUCCUCGUCCUCGACCCAAGGCGGAGCAGACCGCGCUUUCGUUUCCCGAGUCAACCCAAGAAACGGAACAAGAAUCUGGAUUGACACCCCCUUCUGCAACGUCUUCAUCUGGCAGCAGCUGGGAUUUCAAAGAUAUUGGCGAUCCUGACAGACCAGAGACUGUCUUUACCGGAGAGUAUCGCACGCGUAUCUUAGGAGCAUCAGGCCAUCGCUCCCCAGGACCUACUCUGAAGAUCGCCUCAUCCGCCGAGGACAUAAUCAUGGGAGGAGUUUCCGGUGCAUCGUCAAGCAAUACCAACACUAACACUCACCGGUCGACCCCUUCCCUGAUUAAACGCUUGGGCAAGCUCACGCCCAGCACUCCGAAAGGUACCAAUAGUCUUGCAGUACCUACUCCUGGAUCGAGAGAAACAGCGGGCUCCAAAGAUAGCGGUGGUAACAGCCAAGGAAGUACUCCGACGCGGAACUUCUGUCGCCCUCAACUAUCUCUCGACAACAUUCCAAGAAGAGACAUCAGUGCUAAAGAGAUGUCCCUUUCACGGAAGCUCGUCAAUAGGCCCAGUCUCAUUAACCUAUUCUCUCCAAGCUCGAAGAGCUUGCGUUCCGAGGAAGAACCUAAUGUGCCAAAGAUACCAGAACAGUAUUUCAACCAUUUAGAGAGCGGAAUGAGCCAGGUUUCCAAUCAAUCAGUUGCGCCGGAAACUCCAGCUAAGGUUGAAUCCAAUCACGGAGACAGCCUGUCUAACCGUGCACCAGAGAACACGCCAAUUCCUGAGACUGUGAUCAGAGUUGGCACAAUAAGCCCACAUCCGCCCCGGGUAUCCUCACUCCAGGCUUUAUCGCACUUCUCAGAAGUUUCUGGUCCAAAAUACAGCUCUUCAGUCACUACCGGAGGACCCUUGAAAGUAGCCACAGAUUUCGGAAGGAACGUCAAAUUCAACGAGAUCGCGCCUUUCGCUCCGGGCAAUGAAUCAUUCUACCAGGGUCCUGGCACGUCCAGGCUCCCUGAAUCGAAGAGCAAUCAUCACCUUGAAAGGUUCCGUAAUAUCUUCAGAUCCCGAAGCGGUACUGCCGACAAAGAGCGCAUCAAGAAGGAAAACAUUCAGGCGCCAAUUCCUUUGAUCGAGAACCGUACUCCGAACACUGAGAGAAGCACGGCAAAGAACCAUCAUCUUCAUAACGAUUACGAGAGAAGCCCGAAGUCGAAGCCAAAGUACACUCGACUCUCCGGUGGUGUGAGCUGGAAUAGGAGUUCUCGGAACCCUAGAAACAAGGAGUCCCCAACGACUCCAACCCCUUCAGUUCCUCGUCUUCUGGCACCACCCCACCGCAUCCCGGAGGAAAAUAUUCCUUCGUUUGCGUCGCAUACGGAAUCGACGCGCACGAAGGCGAGCCCGGCGCAGAAGGGACAGCCAUCGGUUACUCCAGAUAGCCGUGCACGCAGGCCACAUGUACGGACUGCCUCGACCGGCAGUCCCCAUCGGCUACCUCACGGCCCGGGGCGUGCCAUCAAUAACAUACUGAUGCCUUAUGCUCAAAAGAGGUCAAACCGGUCCCCUAAGCCCAUGUCCGUCAAGGUGGUAGCAGGUUCGAACUUGUCGGCUCGCUCUACACAACCCAAAAACCUGGACGCCAUCCGCCACUGCUUGGAAACUCUUUGCAAGAGAAUUGGAGAGGCAUCCAGCCCGCUGGAAAGGGACAGACAUAUUCGUCUCGCCCUCAGAUUACAGCAGCAGCUUGGUGACUACCAGAGCAUAGAGAAGGCAGCGUUGGAAGCUGAAUCUUUGGCAGAGAAGAGACUCUUCGAGAAGCAGGUUGCUGAAGAGACUCUUAGCACUAGCCUAGCUGAAGCGCAGGCCCAGAUUGAGAUGGACUAG